AUGGAAAGUUUAUUGAGACUGUUGCAACUUAACACAAGAUUUGCCACAAAUGACAUUUCAAAAGAGUUUCUACAACGAAGAGUAGGACUUGGAUAUGCAAUGAAGUACCAGAAACUCGAUAGGUCAGUGAUACAAACAUUCAUCAAAUCAAAGAGGAAGAACGAAGAGUUGGCACGUUACACAUCACUUAGCAGCAGCUCUAUGCAUAAUGUCAAUGCAAACUAUGAUAAUGAUGAUGAAUGCGGUCGAUCAGGCAUUGUGAAGAAGCGAAGUGUAAGUGCAAACUCAUAUAGAACAUAA